ACCUCCCCCUGCGCUGGAGGUGAUUAGGGACGCCGGACUAGCCCAGAGACGCCGCUUCAGCCACUCCCUACGCCAGGCAGACUGCACGCUCAAGCCCAUCCAGAGCUUCAUUCAUAGUGCUGAGAUCCGGAUGAGAGCCACGUUCAGCCUCAUCCACCACAGCGGACCCGAGUUCCACUAAAGGCACGCCGGGAAGGGUUUCAGGAGCCACUCCACACUGGGCGAAUCACUUCUGGGAUCCUACUUUUGCCCGCCGAGUGGAUUUAGCACGAGAGGGAGCAACUCUUGCAGAGAUAAAGAGGGGGCCACACCUACAGCCAAAAUGGAGGUGAAGACGUCACUUCUAGACAACAUGAUCGGGGUUGGAGACAUGGUCCUCCUAGAACCCCUGUCUGAAGACUCGUUCAUCGCGAACCUGAGGAACCGCUUUGACCACAAUGAGAUCUACACAUACAUUGGCAGUGUGGUGAUCUCCAUGAACCCCUACAGGUCCCUGCCCAUCUUCACACCAGAAAAAGUGGAGGAGUAUCGCAACAGGAACUUCUACGAACUCAGUCCACACAUCUAUGCUUUGGCAGAUGAGGCCUAUCGCUCACUGAGGGACCAGGACAAGGACCAAUGCAUCCUCAUUACAGGGGAGAGUGGGGCUGGGAAAACUGAGGCCAGUAAGCUGGUGAUGUCAUACGUGGCAGCGGUGUGUGGGAAGGGCCAGGAGGUGAACAAGGUCAAGGAACAGCUGCUGCAGUCCAAUCCCGUGCUGGAGGCCUUCGGAAAUGCCAAAACAGUGAGGAACGACAACUCUUCCAGAUUUGGAAAGUACAUGGACAUUGAGUUUGACUUCAAAGGAGAUCCUCUGGGUGGAGUCAUUAGCAACUAUCUGCUGGAGAAGUCACGUGUGGUAAAACAGCCGAGGGGAGAGAGGAACUUCCACAUCUUUUAUCAGCUCUUGUCCGGCGCCUCCGAUGACACACUCAAGAAGCUGAAGCUGGAUCGGGAUUUCAGCAAGUACAACUACCUGAGUCUGGACUCUGCCGCCGUCAACGGGCUGGAUGAUGCGGCCAACUUCAGGACAGUCAGAAAUGCCAUGCAGAUCGUGGGCUUCAUGGAGGACGAGGUGCAGUCGGUGCUGGAGCUGGUGGCCGCCGUGCUGAAGCUCGGGAACAUUGAGUUCAAGCCGGAGUCGCGCUGCAACGGCAACGACGAGAGCCGCAUCAAAGACAAAAACGAUUUGAAGGAGAUGUGUGAGCUGCUGGGGACCGAACAGACGGUGCUGGAGCGAGCGUUCAGCUACCGCACAGUGGAGGCUAAGCAGGAGAAAGUCUGCACCACACUGAACGUGGCGCAGGCCUACUAUGCCAGAGAUGCCCUUGCCAAAAAUCUCUACAGUCGUCUGUUUAGCUGGCUAGUUACCAGGAUCAACGAAAGCAUUAAAGCAGCACCGAAAUCCCGCCACAAGGUCAUGGGUGUGCUCGACAUCUAUGGCUUUGAGAUAUUCGAGGAAAACAGCUUUGAACAGUUCAUCAUCAACUACUGUAACGAAAAGCUGCAGCAGAUCUUCAUCGAGUUGACCCUCCGCGAGGAGCAGGAGGAGUACGUCAGAGAGGGCAUCGAGUGGACCAAUAUUGAAUAUUUCAACAACGCCAUUAUCUGCGACCUGAUAGAGAAUCACCAAAAUGGCAUCUUGGCCAUGUUGGACGAGGAGUGCCUGAGGCCGGGGACGGUCACCGAUGAGACCUUCCUGGACAAACUGAACACCAUCUGCGCUGAACACCUGCACUUUGAGAGUCGCCUCAGCAAGAGUUCAAAGUUCCUCACUGACCACAGCCUGCCUCACAACUGCUUCCGCAUCCAGCACUACGCCGGCAAGGUGCUUUACCGCGCCGAGGGCUUCGUAGACAAGAACAACGACCUGUUAUACCGGGACCUGUCGCAGGCCAUGUACAAGGCCAACCACAGCCUCAUGAAACAGCUGUUCCCUGAGGGCAACCCCGCCAAAGUCAACCUGAAGAGACCGCCAACUGCUGGAUUCCAGUUCAGACAUUCAGUCGGGACGCUCAUGAGGAACCUGCAGACCAAGAACCCUAACUACAUCCGGUGCAUCAAGCCCAACGACAAGAAGGCCUCCCACAUCUUCACCGACUCCCUGGUCUGCCACCAGGUGCGCUACCUGGGCCUGAUGGAGAAUGUGCGUGUGCGGAGAGCCGGCUACGCCUUCCGCCAGGCCUACGAGCCGUGCCUGGAACGCUACAAAAUGCUCUGCAAGCGGACCUGGCCCCAUUGGAGAGGGCCUGCAAGGGAAGGAGUGGAGGUACUGAUGGCUGACCUCACGGUCCCAACAGAGGAGUUCUCCUACGGUCGCUCCAAGGUCUUCAUCAGGAACCCAAGAACGCUCUUCUCCCUGGAGGAGAGGAGGAGGCAAUGUCUACAGGACCUGGCCACGCUCAUUCAGAAGAUCUACCGCGGCUGGAAGUGUCGCAGCCACUUCCUGCUUCUGAAGAAGAGUCAGAUCGUGGUGGCGGCAUGGUUCCGCCGAUACGCGCAACAAAAUAAAUACAAACGGAUCAAGAGCGCCACCACUGUAGUGCAGUCCUACACUCGGGGAUGGCAGGCACGCAAACUCCUGAGAGAGCUGAAAUAUCAGAAGAGAUGUGAGGAGGCGGUGACCACCAUCUCUGCCUACUGGCACGGCACACAGGCUCGGAUGGAGUUGAGGCGUCUAAAACAAGAAGCGCGGAAUAUACACGCUGUGACAGUAAUAUGGGCAUACUGGCAAGGAACCAAGGCCCGGAGAGAGCUGCGUCAGCUGAAGGAGGAGGCGAGGAAUAAACACGCCGUGUCGGUCAUUUGGGCCGGCUGGCAAGGCACCAAGGCUCGCAGGGAGCUGAGAAGACUGAAGGAAGAAGCCAGGCGUAAGCACGCUGUCGCUGUCAUUUGGGCCUACUGGAAGGGACUCAAGGUUCGCAGAGAGUACAGAAAAUUCUUCAGGGCAAACGCAGGCAAGAAGAUCUAUAACUUCACCAUCCAGAGGAUUAUGCAGAAAUAUUUCCUGGGCCUGAAGAGCACCAUGCCCUCCAUGUCCCCCAUAGACAAGAGCUGGCCUGUUAAGCCUUACCUCUUCCUGGAUGGAGUUCACUCAGACCUGCGGAGAAUCUUCCAUCUCUGGAGGUGCAAGAAAUACAGGAGCGAGUUCACAGAGGAGAAGAAGGCGGUGUUCGAGGAGAAGCUGGAGGCCAGUGAGAUCUUCAAAGAUAAAAAGGCUCUCUACGCCAGCAGUGUGAGCCAGCCCUUCAUGGGAGACUACCUGGAGAUCAGCAAGAACCCCAAAUAUCAGAAACUGAACAGCGCCAUGGACGAGAAGGUCCUGCUGGCUGACGUGGUCAACAAGAUCAACAGGGCCAACGGCAAGGGCACGGCUCGGAUCUUCCUGCUGACUAAGAACAGCGUGGUGCUGGCCGACCAGAAGACGGGUCAGGUGAAGGCCAGUGUCCCUCUGCCGGACCUCACCAGUGUGUCGGUCAGCACGCAGAGCGACGGCUUCUUCGCUCUCAAACUCAAAGAGGGAUCUGCCUCAGCCAUCAAAGGAGACUUCCUACUCAGCAGCGAACAUCUGAUCGAAAUCAUCACCAAACUUCACCGCACCGGGGCCACGGCUGCAGACAGCGAGCAGCUCAACAUCGACAUCUCAGACGAGUUUCUGGUGCAGUUCAAACACGACAAAGUCUGCGUGAAAUUCAUCCAGGGAGGUCCCAAGAACGGCAACAGCGUGUCCUGCAAGCGCAAGAACAACCGCCUGCUGGAGGUGUCGGUGCCUUCAACGGUAUAGUGCAGCUUCUCUUCGCCAGAUUUGUUUAGGGGGAUGAUUCAAAACCACCGCCUACUCCUGAACUCAAGAACCAUCACCCCCAGUGCCCACCCUAAGGACUGACAGUGCAGUUAUUCGCCUUUUGUUGUGUUGUUGUUUUUUUUCUUCCUUCACUCUCUUUCUUAUCAGAUUUACUAUGGCACCACUAUAGCUGGCGCCACUUUUUUUUGGCAAAGAAAUCCCUUAUCUGGGUUGCAUGCCACAAGAGUUUGGUCAAAUGUUCACUGGUGUUUUGUAAAACUGGGGUAAAGAGUUGAAAAAUGGAUGAAACAAAGAGAAACAUUUUGGUGGAGCACGAGAGGAAUGUCUCCACCAGCGGCGAUGUUGAUUGUUCUGACUGUAUGUUGAUUUAGUCUUCAGAGAAAAAUGUCAUUAUAAGAACUCUGACAUUUUUCAAGCCUCAACUGGCCUUGACUCAUCAAUUUUUUUUAGAAUUUGAGAUGAACUGGGAACUUUUGGGGCCCCCUGAAGAACUUUAAAUACUGCACUUGUUUUCACCUCGGUGUAAUCAAAAGAGGAUGAGCUGAAACUGAUAUUUGAUUGUAUGUUGUUUUUUUUUCUAUAUAUAUAUAUAUUUUCUCUGAAACAAAGAAGGGUGGGCAGUUGAUAAGUCAAAUGUAAUUUGCUACGUAAUUGUCGAACCACUUUUUGUAUCCUCCUUUAUGUGCCAUUGAACAGGUUACAUGACUUGUCACCUGUCGGUGUACAGAUAUAAAACUUAGAUAAAACUGUUCCCUGUUUACGGAAGAGAAGUAGGUUGUUUCUUUUGUUUGUUCUGAGAUUAUAGAAUUCUUUAUAGAAAUUCUGACUUUAUCUCGAACUCUAAAGAAAAUGUCACUUCUGGUCAGCUCUAAAAAAAAAAGAAGAAGAAAUAAAUCACAUGUGGCCCUAAUCCUCUUCCGUAACUGUUCUUGACAUCAUUGCCAAAAAUGUUUGAGAUGGGGAAUCUUUUAAACCUGCGGAGGUCAAUUUAAUGUACGUUUUUGAACAUUUUUACAGCACUACAAGUGAUCAACUUCCAUUUACCUAAUUUUUGGAUGAUUACCCAGCUUUAUUUCAGCUGUGAAGACCCAUUUUAAACUGAAUUGAUAUCCUUAACUCAUAUGUAAUUUAGGAGACCCUCUGGCUAUGAGGGACACGAUUUAAGACCGAAUAAAGUAAAUACACUUUCUGUAAUAUCAAGGCCAGAUUCAAAGCCAAACCUCCGAUAUCAAUCUUUUUUUGUGUGUGCAAUAAAUAAAAUGCUCAUUGUACCGUUAGCUGUACAUAUGCUCCGUGUGCUGUGGCCCUGGCAUGGACGAGGGUUUUUCACUAGUCAUUUUAAACUGCCGUGUUUGUAAAGAAAAAAGCUGUUCUUGCCACUGCCGCUUUAGUCGCUGUAGUGCUUGACCCACUCUGACCAAAUGUGUAUUUUUUCAAGGGGGAAAACCAAAUUUAAGGCGUACACGAUCAUAAUCAAUCUGAAAUAGUCGACCAGUUCUGCUACAGCUUUGGUAUAUAUUUACAUGCAAGCCAAAUUUGUCAAAUAAGUGAUAUAUUUUCAGGUAUAUAAUCUUUAUUUGUACUCUGGUGUCUGUGAGGGAAUAAUGCAGCCAGACUUGGUUUUGUUUUGUAAUCCGGUUAACCUGGGUUUGUACGUUUUUGUAUUUUUUAAUGUCACACACGACACAGGGACUCGAGAAAUCCGUUGUGGAUGUCCCACGCGCGGCGGGAACGAUGGAGCUGAAAUGCCAGUUUUGAUGCUUUCUCUUCCUCGGCACAGUUUGAAUGCAUUUCUGCUUUGAUGACCCCCCACAUCCCUUUCCCUUUUCUCUGUUUUGUAUUUGAACAAUGGCUUUAGCUGCAAAAUGAUGUCUGCAUUCUUGUGUGCCUAAAUGUAAACCUGUGCUGAGAGACACGACAUGGACAUGUUUCAAUAGAACUCAGUGUUGCAUUUACAAGUAAUCUUUUUCUUUUUUAAAUUAAAAUAAAAAUCUGUAAUAAAUAAAUAAAUGUUA